AUUCUGGCUGCGGCCGCCAUUUUAGAGCCGAGGUUUAGAGAACCGUUUUUUUUUUUUUUGCGCGGAGCUUUCGGUAGCGCCCACGGAGAAGGAGCGUCAUGCCGGCCGGACCGGUGCAGGCGAUGGCGCCCGCUCAACCAGCCCCUCCGGAGCCCAAGCAGCCAGAAGAUGAACCGCAGAAGGAAGAAACUACACCUGCCAAACCAGUUGUGGGAAUUAUAUAUCCGCCACCGGAGGUUAGGAAUAUCGUGGACAAGACAGCCAGCUUUGUGGCUAGAAACGGCCCAGAGUUUGAAGCUCGGAUCCGCCAGAAUGAAAUAAACAACCCCAAAUUUAAUUUCCUGAACCCCAAUGACCCUUACCAUGCCUACUACCGCCACAAGGUCAACGAGUUCAAGGAAGGAAAGGCGCAGGAGCCCUCCGCGGCCAUUCCGAAGGUUAUGCAGGCCCAGCAAAGUGCUCAGCAGCAGCUUCCCCAAAAGGUCCAGGCCCAGGUGAUUCAGGAAACGGUGAUUCCCAAGGAGCCCCCGCCGGAAUUUGAGUUCAUUGCAGACCCUCCCUCCAUCUCGGCUUUUGACCUGGACGUGGUGAAAUUGACCGCCCAGUUCGUGGCUCGCAACGGCCGGCAGUUCCUGACCCAGCUGAUGCAGAAGGAACAGAGGAACUAUCAGUUCGACUUCCUGCGUCCGCAGCACAGCCUCUUCAAUUACUUCACCAAACUGGUGGAACAGUACACCAAGAUCUUGAUCCCACCAAAGGGCCUCAUUAUAAAAUUGAAGAAGGAAGCUGAAAAUCCAAAAGAAGUCUUAGAUCAGGCGUGCUACAGAGUCGAGUGGGCCAAAUUCCAGGAGCGUGAGCGGAAGAAGGAGGAGGAGGAGAAGGAGCGCGAGCGGGUGGCUUACGCCCAGAUCGACUGGCACGAUUUCGUGGUGGUGGAAACGGUGGAUUUCCAGCCCUCGGAACAAGGAAAUUUUCCUCCUCCGACCACUCCUGAGGAACUCGGGGCUCGCAUCCUGAUCCAGGAACGUUACGAGAAGUUUGGGGAGAGCGAAGAGGUGGAGAUGGAGGUGGAAUCGGACGACGAAGACGACAAGCAAGAGAAGGCAGACGAGGCUCCCUCCCAGCUGGACCAGGACACCCAAGUGCAGGACAUGGACGAAGGUUCUGAUGACGACGAUGACAGCCAGAAGGUCCCUCCACCUCCAGAAACUCCAAUGCCCCCACCGCUGCCCCCUACUCCAGAUCAAGUCAUCGUCCGGAAAGAUUAUGAUCCGAAAGCUUCCAAGCCUCUGCCCCCAACCCCAGCUCCAGACGAGUAUCUGGUCUCCCCCAUUACCGGGGAGAAAAUCCCUGCCAGCAAAAUGCAGGAACACAUGCGGAUUGGCCUUCUGGAUCCCCGCUGGUUGGAGCAAAGAGAUCGCUCUCUCCGAGAAAAGCAGACGGAUGACGAAGUGUAUGCCCCAGGCCUGGAUAUCGAAAGCAGCUUGAAGCAGCUGGCUGAGCGCCGUACGGAUAUUUUUGGCGUGGAAGAAACGGCUAUCGGCAAGAAAAUUGGUGAAGAAGAGAUCCAGAAGCCUGAAGAAAAGGUGACUUGGGACGGCCACUCGGGCAGCAUGGCCAGGACCCAACAGGCAGCCCAGGCCAACAUAACCCUGCAAGAGCAGAUUGAGGCGAUCCACAAGGCCAAAGGGCUGGUGCCAGAAGACGACACCAAGGAGAAAAUCGGGCCAAGCAAACCCAACGAGAUGCCUCCGCCUCUGUCCUCGGCCCCCAACAUCCCCAGCGGUGCUCCGCCCAUUGCCUCCGUGCCCCGCCCUCCCUCGAUGCCCCCUCCAAUUCGCACCACCGUCGUCAGCGCAGUUCCAGUCAUGCCUCGCCCGCCGAUGACUUCCGUGGUCCGUUUGCCACCAGGUUCCGUCAUCGCCGCUCCAAUGCCCCCAAUCAUCCACGCCCCCCGGAUUAACGUUGUGCCGAUGCCGCCCUCAGCUCCGCCUAUUAUGGCCCCGCGGCCUCCUCCCAUGAUUGUACCCACAGGCUACAGACAGGGACCGGUCGGCAGUCCAGCCUUUGUUCCAGCCCCACCUGUAGCACCUGUCUCAGCUCCGUCCCCCGUGUCUCAGGUUCACCCUCCACCUCCCAUGGACGAUGAGCCGGCUUCCAAGAAACUCAAGUCCGAAGAAAGCCUGAUGCCAGAGGAAGAGUUUCUACGCAGAAACAAGGGUCCAGUCACCGUCAAAGUCCAAGUCCCCAACAUGCAGGACAAAACGGAAUGGAAGCUGAGUGGCCAAGUCCUGGUCUUCACUCUCCCGCUCUCCGACCAGGUUUCUGUUAUCAAGGUGAAGAUUCACGAGGCCACCGGCAUGCCUGCUGGGAAACAGAAGCUCCAGUACGAGGGCAUCUUCAUCAAAGAUUCCAACUCCUUGGCUUACUACAACAUGAGCAGCGGUUCAGUGAUCCACCUGGCUCUCAAAGAGAGAGGGGGCAGGAAGAAGUGAGCGUCCGCCUCCGGCGUGAUGUCCAGCCAGCUGCUUGACUUCGCCACCUAAGUUUCAGCUGUUGUGUGUUCUUCUUCGGGCUGUUUUCUUGGCCCUGUGCGUCUGUGUGGUAAUCCAGAGUCUAGAGGAAAUUGACCCUUACCCAUCCCGUCGUCGUGCAGAUUUGUGCUAAUUCCGCGUUAACUUUUCAGCAGCUCGUGACGUAUUUGUAGUAGGUCUUGUGUUGUUCCAGCAAGUGCUUGGUUGAAUUCCUCAUGGGGGUCUUUCCCCCUACUGGCUGAACCCUCGCGGGGUCUGCCUUUAAAUGUAACCUUGUGUCUAAGAUUGGAUGGGUGGGAUCUGCUUUGGUUCAGAAUCUUUUACCUGUUGGGUGAACCAAUUUGUUUAAUUUUUCUAGGGACAAGCAAGUUUCGGUAGGUUAAUAAAAAUCUUUUUUUUUUUUUUUGAUUUCCCACCUGAA